UGGUGCCCUCGGGCAAUAGGGGAUCGUGGGGCCCCUGUGUCCUUGCCCAAACUCAAAAAAGCCUAUGAAAAAGGUACCAGCGGCAUCUCAUGGGGCCCCCUACUGACCCCAGGCCCUCGGGCAGUGCCUGAGUUUCCAAAUGGUCAGUUCGCCCCUGGUGCUGACCAUGACAGACCGGUAGCCUAUCCCUACAGGGCGGACUGACAACUCAUGGGGCCCCCAGGCAAUAGGGGAUCAUGGGGCCCCUGUGUCCUUGCCCAAACUCAAAAAAGCCUAUGAAAAAGGUACCAGAGGCAUCGCAUGGGGCCCCCUACUGACCCGGGCCCUCGGGCAGUGGCCGAGUUUCCAAAUGGUCAGUCCGCCCCUG